GUCGAGAGUUCAAUCACCCGUGACCCAACACACCGCCCAGCCAGUCGAAGUCCCCAGUUGACCAAACCCUAGACAACUUCGUCAUCGAACCAAAAAAAAAAAGCACACACACAACACCACCACCACCACCUCACAACCAUGGGCCAAACACUCUCAGAACCGAUCGUCGAGAAACAUACCAGCGCAGGCGAAGAUGAGGAAUUUGCCUUCGGGGUUUCUGAGAUGCAAGGCUGGAGAUUGACUAUGGAAGACGCACAUGCUGCUGUAUUGGAUCUCAACCAUGCCCCGCCCAAUUCUUCAUCAACCACCCCCGCUUCUACAGAGCCAACAAAAGAACGAACAAGGUUCUUUGCAGUCUACGAUGGCCAUGGCGGCUCGACCGUCGCCAAAUUUUCGGGCGAUACCGUCCACUUCAGAUUACGUUCGACAGCCGAAUACCAGAGUGGAGAUUACGAGGCAGCACUCAAACGAGCCUUCCUAGCCACCGAUGAAGACCUACGUGCCAAUCCCGAUUUCGUGAACGAUCCGUCUGGCUGUACCGCCGUCGCUGCACUCAUCACACCCGAUGGAAAAAUCAUGGUGGCCAAUGCUGGUGAUUCACGAUCGGUCCUAUCUGUUAACGGUCUUGCAGAGCCCAUGUCUCACGAUCAUAAGCCGGUCAAUCGAGGCGAAAAUAAUCGGAUCGUAGCUGCUGGUGGAUUCGUCGAAUUCGGUCGAGUCAACGGUAAUCUGGCGCUUUCUAGGGCCAUCGGGGACUUCGAAUUCAAGCAAAACAAGGAAUUAUCUCCUGAAGCUCAAGUCGUCACUGCUAAUCCUGAUAUCUUGACUCAUCAGAUUACAGCAGAGGAUGAGUUUUUGAUCUUGGCAUGUGAUGGUAUUUGGGAUGUGUAUUCUAACCAGCAAGUGGUUGAUCGGGUGCGAAGAUUGCUUGGAGAGCGUAAGACGCUAGAGCAAGUAGCCGAGCAGAUGAUCGAUUACUGUCUUGCGCCGGACUGCGAAUGGGGAGGAGUAGGAUGUGACAACAUGACAUUCAUGAUUGUAGCGAUCUUAGGGGGGAAAACGAAGGCGGAAUGGUACGAUAUGAUCAGGACGCGACUAGAACGAGGGGAAGGACACCAAACCCCUAGCAGUUUCCCUCAGCCUUAUGCCCGAGGUCCCCGAGGAGAGAUUUUGGCGAACAGUAUGAAGGUCGUGAUGGGGAAUGGAUCCGGCGAAGAUCAUCCUCCUCCAAGUCCCCCUCCCGGAUACCAAAACUCUCAAGACGAUCCGGAUCAUGAGCAACAGACUUCUUCUUCUAAUCCUACCUCGGCCGGAAGCCUCUUCUCUCUCGCCCCUGUGAGCAUCAUCGAGGCUCUCUCUCGGGUUAGCAACUAUGAUCCCACAGCUUCUCUUUCUGAUCCUCCAACUACUGGCCCGGUAUCUUCUGAUCCUUCUUCUGAUGCACAUCCUCCUCACUCUAGCGAGACUGAACCUAGCACUACUACUGGCCCAGCAGACUCUUCCUCUUCUCAGCCUCCUCCUUCUUCUUCUAAUACUAACACUAAUGCUAUAGACUCUUCUACUACUACUACUACUACAUCAAAUACUUCUUCUUCUACUGCUGCUACUGAUGAUCAUGCUUCUACUUUAUCUCAGUCUGUUGAUAAUAGUAAAUUGGCUUCUUCUGAUGUUUGACCUUUUUGUUCUUCUUUUUUCCUUUGUAAUUAUACUUAUAAUAUAUAUCUAUAUAUAUAUAUAUAUAUAUAUUUCACAUUGUCUUUUCUUUUUCUUUUUCUAAAACAAACUUUUUUUUUGUAAUCC